AUGGAAAGAACUCCAAAUAGUGAAAUUGAUAUGUCCAAGCUUGCACCAUCCACGAAAGGACUUUUGACCACGUUCGAAAAUGCCAACGCUAGCUUGAUGGCUUCUGCGCUGGUAACCGCCCAGUUUAUUAACGUAAAAGGAUCCGACGAGUCAUUGCGGCACGGUGAAUGUGAAUUGCAAAACAGACCAGAUACCGCCGGCUUCAGCCCAAUUCCGAUGCAGGACAUGUCUGACGAUGAUAUGUCGGAAUUUUCAUCCAAUGACAGUGACGGGCUUGAAGAGUUGGAUUUAAAAGCUUCUGGACACGCGAGCAACACCGAGGAAGGAACCACUAGUCAGAAAUCAGAUAGUGCCAACUGUGGAUCCCUUGUGCCAAUAAUGCCAGUGCUUAAUCUAUCCGGUACAAAACUUGGCAUAGGAACAGGAGGAAUUAAUGGAACCGGUACCGUUGUGAGGAAAAUGUUUACCAAUACCCGAGAGCGUUGGCGGCAACAAAAUGUGUCAGGUGCUUUCGCUGAACUGCGAAAACUCGUACCGACACAUCCACCGGACAAGAAGCUGUCCAAGAAUGAAAUACUUCGUAUGGCCAUUCGAUAUAUUCGUCUGUUGACAAAUGUGCUCGAGUGGCAAAAGAAACAGGAAGUGAACGAUCGCGCCCCCUUGAAACAACGCAGCUCCCAGCAACAGCAGCAGCAGCAACUUCUACUUCAAAGCCCUCAAAACCAACAUUCGUUUCAGCAGCAACAUCCUAAUAACGAAAAUUAUUUCACCGGCAAUUACCGCGAAAAUGGCAAUAAUCUAUUGAUGAUCGUGUCUCCCAAGUCCUUUGCGAAAACCACCAGCACAGCAAAUCGUCCCAUCAAAUUGGAGGCCAAGUUGGAACCGGCCGUAGAAAUCGAAAAAAUCAAGAUAGUCGCUAAGCUAUGCCCAUCGGGGAAAAUCUCCAAAUCGAGUGCUUCUAUUUCGUCGGGGGCUCUGAAAAAUCGACGCAAGGCUACGGGUACCGCAUUGCACGUGGCUAGUGCAGGUAUGAAUGGUGGUGUUGCACUAGUCGGAACUUUUCGACCUGGUUUACACAUCAAGACCGACCUGAUGGCUCUUUCACAGCCGUGUGAGGCUAUGUCUACGAUCAUGGAAAGCGAAAUUAAGCGUGAGCUAACUCAUCACAGCCAUCAAAAAACCAGAAGCGAAGAUUUUCGCAGAAGCGAGUAUAUGCGUGAAGAGGAAAUCGCUCAGAAAAGGUCGUCAGAAAGAGAUCUGGAAUAA